AUGCCAUCGAAGCUUGAGCUGGAGUUGUACAGCCUCUUUGCCAAAGGGGUUCUCUCAGGGGCGGCCGUGCAGAAGCUGGCCUCAGCAGCGUGGGAGGACGGCUGGGGCUGGAAAGGCGCCGCUGUGGCGUGCCGUUUGAGGGAUGCAUCCAACCUGCAGGAUUGUCUCACGGCGGUCAGCUUCUCUUUCCAGCUUGGGCACUGGGGCCCGUUGGGGUCAGCGGAUGCCCUGCGAUCAGCUGGCACAGACGGCCGUUGGCAAUCAAACAUCCAGAGGGACAUCCUGGCGGCUGCCGAGAGAUUCGGUAUCGUGGAUUCUCUACCCAAAGAAUAUUAUGCAGACACUCGGGGCCCUGAUAACACGGUUGUCAAGCACGCUUUUUUUCUGCCGCACGAGACAGUCCAUCACUACAGGACAAGCUUCCAGGAAGCAGCUCUCACGGAGGAGCAGAUUGGAAGCACGCCAGUGGGCAGGUUGAUCCAGAGCUGGUGCGCGCACCCAGACGUCGGCGUCGCGCCCCAUCUGGCGACCUCGGUGUCGCCGCUCGGGUUGCAUGGUGAUGGAGUUCAGUACACGACGACCAUGAGGGCAGGGGGCGUGGGGCCCCCGAUCGACGCCAUGACGGCCAGCCUUGGAGUGCUUGGGACGCUCGACACCGACUGGCGCCAACUACUGAAUUGCCUCUUGCUGGGAUCGUGCAGAUUCGUGGCGAUUGGGAUUGGAUGUCCCAAGCAUACCGCUUUCGACGGCCAGCUUCGUACUCAUCAGAGUUUCAUGAUGGAGGUGGCAGCUGGGGGUUUGGAGCUGAGCACCAUCUUCAGGUGCCCUGGAUUGCUACUGGAUCACUUUGCCGUGGAUCAGAUGCACGCGGGCGAACUGGGGCCCCUCCUGGACGCGAUAGGCUCGCUGUUCUGGGCCUUCCACGCGGCGGCCCCGCCCGACCCGUCGGAGUUGGCGGAACUCGACGAGCUGCCCGAGUCGCCGUCCUCGCUCUUGUCCCGCUCUCGCCAUCUCGGCCGAAAUUGGACGCCGCCCGCGACGUUCUGGAGCCUGGCUACCUUGCGUUUCUCCGUGUGCACGAUGAGAGAGCUGCCGUUCGCCGCUUUCUGCACCGAGAAGUUCUUCCUCGGCAUUGGCCAGUCCGUCAGCUGCGGGAUGGCCUUCUCUGAGCGCAGCACAUCCGCAACCUGCCUCUGGAGCCUGACCACGACUUACACGGACCCCUUCGACAUCUGCGACCCCCUGCCACAGGUCGAAGCCAACCUGGAUCCGCGCCCGGGCCUGCAUGUAGCGCUCGGGGUACCACUAGCGGAUGCUCCGGCAUCUCGCGCCCUGUUCUGCCGGCGAAGCCACGCCACGCCGCUCAGGUACGGGGAGCGUCUCCACGUUGGCGUCGACCUGCUGCGCCUCCGGCCAGGCGCAGAGCCUGUCGCGCGCAGGGUCUGGUUUGGCACCGUCGGCCGCCGCCCUGGCGCAAACCACCCGCGCAUCAUCUCCAUGUCGCGCACGUACGACCUCACCGUGUUGACGCGCGUGCGGCCUGCGAUGCCGCCCUUCGCCCGCUCCGAGUCCAUACAGGCCUGCGCCAUCCUGGGGGGGGUCGCUCUCAUCCCUUCGAGCAGCGCGAUCAGGCGAGGCUUCCACCGCGCCCGCUCCUGCACCUCCACUCCACGCUGGCGCUCCGCGGCCGCGCGGCACCUCCGCGCGAAGCGGGUCCCCGCCAUCGCGCAGGUCGCGCUCGCGCGGCGCCUUGCCGACCCGCCGCAGCGCGGCGUCGAGGGCGCACGGCGCCCGUUCGGGGCGACUCUGGGGGUCUCAGGAAAGCUCUCGCGGCUGCGGCGGCUGGGCUGCCUGGAUUCUCCCCGCUGGGCGGCGCUGCUGGCGCUGCUGGGCGAUGCUUGGCGGUCGGGAGCGGAGCUCGGCGGCGUCGCGGGGCUCGCGGACGCGGCGGAGGCGCUGCUCGCUCCGUACGACAAGGAGCCGCAGGAGUUCUUCCAGGCGCACGCCCAGGACUUCCACGCAGUGCUGUCCGGGGCGCAACCGGCAAGAAGAGAAGCCGGCGACUUCUGCUUCCCUGGCUUCCAGGCCGCAUGCUUCGUGCGCGUCGCUCGCGCGGCCACGGACGUUUCCGCGGCGGACCGCAGCCAGGAGCCCAGCCAGGGCGGUCUGCGAGGCCACCUGGAAGCCAACACAAAGUACUGCGCCGGCCUGUUCGGCAGGGAAGCCGCCCUGGAUUUCAUGCACUCGGCAGGCUGGCCAGUUAGCGCUCUCGAUUUCGAGGUGCACUUGCGGGACUCGUUGGACGCGUCGCUGGCAUCGCGGCUGGUGCAGGAGCCAGCAUUCACGCUGCGGGCUCUCUUUCCUGGUCGGAUAUCGAGCCAGCUGGUGUCGUACAAGAGCAACGAGGAUUGCGUACGGCAGCUGGGUGAAGAGGUGUUUGCCAACGAGAGCGUCUUGCUGAAUCAGUUUUAUGCGAACUUCGACGGCAACCGCGCCCUCCGCGCCGCCGACGUGAUCACGUGCCAGUGGGUCGGGGAGUGCGCGAAGCUGCGCGCCCUGUACUCGAAGCCCGUCAUCGCCUACGUCGGCUUCCUGCUCCUGAACGACCCUUCCGUUGGUAGCUACCACAGAUGGAGCGAGCCGCUGCCGCACUUCUGGGAGCGCCUGCAGUCGCUGCUGGAGCCCCAACUGGCCGAGGCGGCCCACUGGCAGACGGGCGCGCGCCUGCCCAGCGUGCGCCCGCUGGCGCUGUACGUGGGCGCGCGGCACGCCCCGGCAGAGGCAAGUGGGCAGGUGCUGGUGGUGAACCGCGGCAGGCUGGCGCGGGACGUGCUGUUCACGCAGGCGGCCAACGCCCUGCGCGACCGGCAGUACCCCCUCGAGUUCGUGGACCAGAGGGCGGGCAUGCCCUAUGCGGAGAUGGCGCGCCACCGCGGCGCCGUGAUGCUGCCGUGGGACCUCAACCUCGUGAUGUUCCACGACCUCUACGCCAUGGAGCUGCCCCUCUUCCUGCCCGACCGGGCCGGGCUUCACCGCACGGCCUUCGCGUACUUCGCCCGCUUCUUCCAGAACGUGCUCCACGCAGGGCAACCGUGGGGCGAGGUCCACCCCCGCCGCGGCGCUGCGCCGCACCCCUACUCCCCGUUCGAGCUGGACCGCCUGGAGCCCCGGGAGUACUGGCUCGGCUUCACGGAGUACGUGCGGGCGCCGCACGUGGUCCGCUUCGGCAGCGUGCCCGAGCUGCUGCUGCGGGCGCUCCGCCUGGACGGCGCGGCCGUGUCGGCCCGCAUGCGCGGCUACAACGCGCGUUGCCGCCGGGAGAGCCGGCGCUUCUGGGGGCGCGUGCUCUCGACGUUCGCGGCCGGUGCGGGCACCCACCGCCUCAGGCCGCGCGCCCCAGCGCUGACCUUCACGACGCCCUACGGCCGCGGCCUCUGCUGGGCCUCCGGGAGCCUCUCGGAGGAGGCGUGCUGCGGCGGCGGGCAGGCGCCAGGGAACCCCGCGUGUUUCGACGACUUCUGGACCUACCAGCGCUGCUGCGUGCACCGGCUGCGGCAGCCCCCGCUGGACGACGCCGCCUGCGCCGCGCCGGGCGGCCCGCUCAUCGCCGCGGGGCACCACACGCGAGGCGCCACUGGCGGCCCUUGGGCCUCGCCUCUGGACGGGGUGCCGUGGGUUCAGGAGAGGCCGAGCGCGCUGGAGCCCUUCGUGUUCCUGUGGGACGAGAAGUGCGGAGGCACCUCCUUCAUGACCUGGCUGAAGCACUCAGUGCAGAGGCUGGGGAAGCUGCGCUCCUCCUUCAUGUUCACCACCCCUGGGCACCCGGUGGCCGUGGGCACGCCCUUCUUUCUGAAGACGUUCUCGCUGGAGGGUCGGAGGGAGCUCGAGGUGGUGGCGGGGCAGCUGGACUGGCGGGCCAUGCACGAGGGGAUCGACUGCCGCGCCCGCAGGGCGGUGCGGUGCUUGCUGCUGGUUCGCCACCCAGUCGACCGCUUCGUGUCCUACUACAUGGAGAGGAGCGACCGCCGAUUCGAGCGGACGGUGGCGGGGAACCGGAGCAUCCACGAGUGGACUUCGUCGGAGCUGAGGCAGUACCUCAGGUCUGUGGCCCGGAGCAGGCUGAGCUUCACCGGGAAGGAGACGGGCACCCUCUGCAACAGCGAGAACCUGCUCUGUCUGGACCCGCUGCGCACCCGGGCGCCGCCCCCGGGCGCUGCGCAGUCGCCCCUGCGGAGGCUGCGGCGCGGGGCGGCGCGCGAGCGGCUUUACUUCCGCUACAUGGGCGGCCCGCAGAACCGGCUGGCGUGGAUGCUGGAUCCGGAGCGGGGGGACCCCAGGCUGGCGAUCUGGCGCAUGCGGCGCUGCGUCGUCGCCCUCCAGGCGGAGGACUUCCAGGGGUACCGAGAGGUGCUCGGCUGGCACUUCCCGUGGAUCCACGAGGUCCGCACGCGUGCCAGCGAGGCUGGGCCUGAGGAGGCCGUCCGGGGGCGCGUGAGCGAGGGCUCUGCGGACGUGCGCGGCAAGCUGCAGCCGUUCGCGCGGCGGAUGAUCGCGCGGUUCAGCGGGCGCGACAUGCGCGUCUACCGGGCGGCCAGGCGGCAGUUCCGCCAGCAGCUGCGGAGGAUCCGGGAGGCAUCCCCUGGCGGCCAGCACUGGCCACCCGUGGCAUACUCCACCGAGCUGCAGGUGCAGGACGCAGCGGCUGCAGAGCUCAGCGACCUAGCGACCUACCGGGUGCACGACGGGCUCAACCGGUACAUGCUGGGUUUGUGA